AUGAGGGCAGACGUAGCUGCCGUUUUUCAACGAGUGGCAGUUGCGCAUUUAGUAGAGCGCACUGACCGCGCGGUCGUUAGAGCUGGGGAAUACCUGAAGAGCAAAGAUGUUUCUGAAGAACCACAGCGUGAACCCGUUGAAGGUAGUUCAUCCAAAAUUGUAAUUGACGACGACAAAACUAGUUCAGCUGCUGCUGCUGCUGCAGUUCCAACUCCUGCAGUGAAGACUCUAGUAGUUGCAGGUGGCGUCGCCGCGAACGGCCUCGUCCGCGCAGAACUGACGAAAUUAGCAGAGCAAAGAGGCCUCAACAUUUUGAUUCCCCCACCUAAAUACUGCGUGGACAACGGAGUAAUGGUCGCUUGGACCGGAGUGGAACGAUUACUAGCAGGCUUGUGGGAAGCACCACCCAAGCAUCUAGAAAACGCUAAGUUCUUCUUCGAAACGCGUCCACGAUGGCCAUUGGGCGAGAGGGAUGGAAAAAGCAACAACUUCAAGGAACGCAUCAGCAAGGAAAUGAAACAGAAGAUGCUCAAAAAAGGCGAAAAGGUGAAAGGAGGUCUCAAUAUUAAUGCAGAGACGACACCAUCAUCCGAAAUAGACGUGCUAAACAUCAAGGGCAAGAACACGUCCUCUACAAACGCAACUAUGGCACAAACAGGAACAUCAGAACCUUUAGAAGCAGAAACUCUUGACCAGAAUGCGUCAUCCAAACGACCACGAGGAGCACCAGAUGGGGAAGAAGAGCUCCUGAGUAAAAGAGCGCAGAAGCGAUUAAAGAAAGCAGAGUAUAUCGCAGAACGGAAGGAGGAGGAAAGAAAGAAGAAAGAGGCCAGUGCAUCUGGGGGUGGAUGCUGA